AUGACUCUAGAACUCAGAAACCUUAUGCUAAGUUACUUUGACAUUAGUGCUGAGGCAUCACACAUUUGCACCUGUCUUCUCAAAAGCAUCAACCAAAUCCACUAUACUCAUGAAUUCAUUCAAAGAGCACUGGACAGUAAUAAGAAUAAUUGCGAAUCUUCACAGAAUUUCGAACUAAUCGUCUUUGAGCUCAACUCAUUCAUGUCCUCAAGCAACCCUUUUUCGAACCACAACUUCAAGCUCAUAAACGAUAAGUACUCGUCCGUGUUGCGCCAUUUGAGAUCAAUGAGAACAAAAAUUGGAAGGAAACAGAGGAUUUUGAAGUACUUGAAGAGGUUGUUUGGUAUUUGUGUGACAGCAACAUGUGGCAUAGUAGCAAUCAUGGCCAUGGUUAUAGCAUCACACACUCCUCUAACAUCACUAUUCAUGGGGAUAGCAAUUCUCAACACCCAAUUGAAGCAUCAUAAUAAGAAAAAGCUUCGAAGAUGUAGUAGAAUUUCAUCAAAAAGUGAUUACCUUAGUAAAGUUUAUGAUCAACUUGAUAUAGCAGCUAAGGGAACUUACAUAUUGAACAGAGACUUUGAUACAAUGAGUAGAUUUGUGACAAGGAUUCAUGAUGAAAUUGAACAUAACAGGACAAUGGUGCAGUUCUGUUUGGAUAGAAAAGAGGACAAAUUCUCUUUGCAGAUUGUGAAGGAGCUUGAGAAAAAUGAUGUUGGGUUUAGGAAACAAGUGAAGGAACUUGAGGAACAUGUCUACUUGUGCCUUGUAACAAUAAACAAAGCAAGGGCUUUGGUCAUUAAGGAAAUGAAAAAAUAA